AUGGUUCGCGAUGUAUUACAUUUUCGACACCAACUGUUAUGUUAUACUUAUCUCAAAGUGAAAUGUGGUACUGUGAUGGAACAUUCUACGUUUGUCCAUCAAUAUUUUAUCAAAUUUAUUCUAUCCAUGGGUAUAAUGAUGAUGGUAUUAUGGCACCUUACGUAUAUUGUUUAUUACCUGGCAAAUCCGAAACAUUAUAUACUGGUACGUUUGAAAAAAUUUCAACACAUGAGCCAAAUGAAUUUACCAAGACGAUUACGUCGUGUCACAAUCGAUUUUGAAUUAGCUGUAACGAAUAUAUUCCACAAAUAUUUUCCAUAUGUUGAAGUAAAGUAUUGCUUACAGGCAGCGUAUAAAGAUGACGAACAGCUGCGUAUAUGGUUCAGAUCAUUUGCUGCUGUGGCAUUAUUACCACUUUCGCACAUGAUAUUCGGUUUUAAUUAUUCGAUACAAGACAAAUCAAACUAUCCACAACUGACAUGUUUUGUAUAG